UAGGAAGAGAGUGGUCGGGGCGCGAGGUAACGCCAUUUUCGCUCAUCAGUCGGUAAACUGCAGAUGGACCGACGAAGUGUCUGAAGUGUCAUCUUUGUAGUUUGUAAUCUGAUAGCAAGGUAUGCAGUAUCCGUUGUUGAUGCAGUCAGCGAUAACAAGCAAUCAAAGCUUCCUUGACAGCUAGCCUAUCUGGGCUACAGUCAGUAUUCCCCGGACUGGAGCGGAAGAUAGGAAGUAGGAACGUUUCUCGCUAUGAAUAUUUGUUUUGGGAUCCAAGUUCAUACUUAAAACUAAAUUUUAAUUUACCAAACAUUGCUUGAAUUCCAUUUUAGUGUAAGGACUGGAAACUGGAAUUACGUCAGUAUUAGCUUGCUGGUAGCAGUCUGUUGUUGGCAACGGAUGUCCUAUUGAACGGAUGCGUGGGAACAUGUCCACCCUGGUGUGUGUGAAAGACGAGGAGGACCCUGGCGAGAAGCUGUCCCAGGAUGAGAUCAUCUCGCGGACCAAGCAGGUGAUCCAGGGCCUGGAUGCCCUGAAGCAGGAGCACCACUCCAUCCUGGAGGGCCUGCUGGGAACCCUGCGCUGUUUGAAGCAGGACGAGGAGGGAGUCCUGAUGGAGGAGAAGUCCCACAUGAUCCGCAAGUCCCUGGAGAUGCUGGAGCUGGGCCUGAGCGAGGCGCAGGUGAUGAUGGCGCUGUCGGGCCACCUGAGCUCAGUGGAGUCUGAGAAGCAGAAGCUGCGGGCCCAGGUGAGGCGUCUGUGCCAGGAGAACCAGUGGCUGAGGGACGAGCUGGCGGGCACCCAGCAGAAACUGCAGAAGAGUGAGCAGAGCGUGGCCCAGCUGGAGGAGGAGAAGAAGCACCUGGAGUUCAUGAACCAGCUCAAGAAGUACGACGAAGACCUGUCCCCCUCGGAGGACCGGGACUCAGACUCCAGUAAAGAGACUCUGGAUGAUCUGUUUCCUGACGACCAUGACGACCAGCCCCCAGGCAUCCAGCAGCCUCACAGCAGCGCCGCCGCCGCCGCCCAGCAGGGGGGCUACGAGAUCCCGGCGCGCCUCAGGACCCUCCACAACCUGGUGAUCCAGUACGCCUCGCAGGGCAGGUACGAGGUGGCCGUGCCCCUCUGCAAGCAGGCCCUGGAAGACCUGGAGAAGACCUCCGGCCACGACCACCCCGACGUGGCCACCAUGCUCAACAUCCUGGCCCUGGUCUACAGGGACCAGAACAAGUACAAAGAGGCGGCCAACCUGCUGAACGACGCUCUGUCCAUCAGGGAGAAGACCCUGGGCAGGGACCACCCAGCCGUUGCUGCCACCCUCAACAACCUGGCCGUGCUGUAUGGGAAGAGAGGGAAGUACAAGGAGGCGGAGCCUCUGUGUAAGAGAGCGCUGGAGAUCAGAGAGAAGGUUCUGGGUAAGGACCACCCUGAUGUGGCCAAGCAGCUGAACAACCUGGCUCUGCUGUGUCAGAAUCAGGGAAAGUACGAGGAGGUGGAGUACUAUUACCAGCGAGCGCUGGAGAUCUACCAGACCAAACUGGGCCCCGACGACCCCAACGUUGCCAAGACCAAAAACAACCUGGCGUCUUGUUACCUGAAACAGGGGAAGUUCAAGCAAGCUGAAACUCUGUACAAAGAGAUCCUCACCAGAGCACAUGAGAGGGAGUUUGGCUCUGUAGAUGAUGAGAACAAACCCAUCUGGAUGCAUGCUGAGGAGAGAGAGGAGCUGAGCAAGGGAAAGCUGAAGGAUGGCUCUCCUUUCGCAGAGUAUGGAGGCUGGUACAAGGCCUGCAAAGUAGACAGCCCCACAGUCACCACCACCCUGAAGAACUUGGGCGCCCUCUACAGGCGGCAGGGGAAAUUUGAAGCCGCAGAGACUUUGGAAGAGGCUGCCGUGCGUUCCAGAAAGCAGGGCCUGGACACGGUGCACAAGCAGCGGGUGGCGGAGGUCUUGAGCGAGCCGGAGGUGCGGGAGAAGCAGCGCAGCCGCGAGAGCCUCGUGUCCGACACGGUCAAGUACGAGAGCGGCCCUGACGGCGGCGAGGAAGCAUAACGCCAGAUGCCUUGUUGUGGUUCUUUAAACGUGUCUCCUGCAUGACGGACACCUGGCCACGCCCUCCCUGGCCCUGCCCCUUCCAGCUUUGCGGUUGUGUCCUCUUCUUCAGCUGUGGUCCCUCCUUUUCUUCUCCUCCGGGCUCUGGUGGGACUCGAGCCAGAACCAGACCCCCGUCCCCUCCGGUCCACUCUGUCACCGGGACCAGGGAAGGGACAGGGAGGACGGGGUGUGUCCAGGCCUGCCUCCUCCCGCCUCCUCCUGCCUCCCUGCUCUUCUGCUCCGCUCUUUAAACCACUCUUCUGUCUGUUCUCUUCCUCACUCUAGCUGGAGGCUGUGUCUGUCCAUCUCUGUGUCUGGACUGUUCUGUAACAUGUCCAGCAUUUACUAUUUGUCCACUAUCAGUAACUCACACCGGAUAGCUUCAUCUCCUCGUAGUGACCUCUAACAUGCUAUAGAUGCUAUCAUUUGGUGGCAUGGUUGUAAGCACCAUUGUGGCCCUAGCAGCUACUGUAGAGUUUUAGUAGUAUGUCUUCUGCUCCACACAGUCCUUUUCUGAUAUCAAACAGAACUGUGUUGUGGUCAUGACUAGGAGGGCACACCUAAGACUAACAGGCUCAGUGAACUCCUCUAACGUGUUACAACAUGAGUGGUGGGGGGUGGGGGGGGGGGGCGUGGAUAGGAGGAAAGCAGGGAAGACCUUGCCCUGUGUGAAAUCUGGAUUCUCUUCAAUCUCCUACUAAUCGACUCCUGUGUCCUGUCUGUUUGUGCUUCUGUCUUUCUUAACUUCUAAUAAAACGUAACUCUCUGCUCACCCA